AUGAAGGUCUCCGCUGCCGCCCUCACCGUCCUCACCGUCCUCACCAUCACCACCCUCUGUGCACCUGCGUGUGCCACUCCAUACGCUUCGGACACCACACCCUGCUGCUUCUCCUACAGCCCCCGCCAGCUGCCCCGUGCCCACGUCCAGGAGUAUUUCUACACCAGCGGCAAGUGUGCCAACCCAGCAGUCGUCUUCGUCACUCGAAAGAAGCGCCAGGUGUGUGCCGACCCAGAGAAGAAAUGGGUGCGGGAGUACAUCAACUCUUUGGAGAUGAGCUAG